AUGGCGAUAUAUAAGCUAGAGAAAGAUGCUGAUCGCUGGUGGACGAACACUGAAAUUCUUCUCAAUGCUCGGAACACAACGUUGACUUGGGAAGUGUUCCUGGAGCAGUUCUGUGAGAAGUAUUUUCCGAGAUCUGUCCGAGAUGAGAGGGAAGUAGAAUUUUUAACUCUGAAGCAAAGAGAUGACAAGCCUUUUGAUGAGUACUUGGCUAAGUUCAUCAGUCUAUCUCAUUAUUCAAGCUAUCUCCGAUAUAGAGACAAUGAGAGGUGGACAACAGAGAAGAUGGUUCGAGGACUGAGGCCAUCAUUGAGGGAGAUGAUUGCUCCCAGACAAUUCAAGCAGUUCAAUAAAGCAGUGGAAGCUUGCCGAAUCACAGAAAGCAGCUUCAACCAUCAUCUGAUGGUUAAGACAACUCCCAGAGCAGAGAAGGGAGGUUAA